CAAAGAGGCUGAUUCCUUUUGUGCUCACUCAAAAGGGUUUUUUCCCUUUGGAUUUUUCUUCUAUCUGGUUGCUCCAAGAGUCUGCGGAAAAGGACAGUUGAAUGCAGCCUCCGAUGUGCACAAAAGAAUGGGUUUCCAUUCAAGGUGGCCAUUGGUGGGACCUGCACCAGCGGCUCUGUGUCUGUGUGUGAUCAGCAUGCUCUUAGUGUGCCUGCUUCCUCCUGCAUCAUGCACAACCUGCCCUCAAAAAUGCCGCUGUGAGGAUCUGCAGUUCUACUGCGACACCCAGGGGCUUCAGGCACCCCCAGAUGGUGUGGACAAGGGGGCCCUGGGGUUGUCACUACGCCACAAUAGCAUCACUGAGCUCAGCCCUGAUCAAUUCUAUGGCUUCAGCCAGCUCACUUGGCUACAUCUAGACCAUAACCAGAUAACCACAGUACAAGAGGAUGCCUUUCAAGGACUCUACAAGUUGAAAGACCUCAAUCUAAGCUCCAAUCGUAUCACCAAGUUGCCCAACACAACCUUCAUCCACCUCAUCAAUCUCCAGAUCCUGGACCUGUCCUUCAAUCAGAUGACAGCACUGGAACCAGAGCUGUUCCACGGACUGAGAAAGCUUCAGAUACUACACCUCCGCUCAAAUUUACUUCGCACCACACCUGUUCGCGCAUUCUGGGACUGCCGCAGCCUGGAAUAUCUUGGUCUAAGUAGCAACCGUCUACGGAGUCUGGCCCGGAAUGGAUUUGCUGGGCUCAUUAAGCUUAAAGAGCUCCACUUGGAACACAAUCAGCUGACCAAGAUAAACUUGGCCCAUUUCCCCCGACUUGUUGCCCUCCAGUUUCUAUAUCUGCAGUGGAAUAAGAUCAGCAACCUAACAUGUGGCAUGGAGUGGACCUGGACCACUUUAGAAAAGCUGGACCUCACAGGAAAUGAAAUUCGUGUCCUCACAUCUGAUGUGUUUCAAACACUGCCAAAUUUAAAGAUUUUGCUGCUUGAUAACAACAAACUAAGCAGCUUGGAUCCCCAAGUAAUGGAUAUGUGGCAGUCUCUAGGUACCAUUGGGCUGUCUAGCAACCUAUGGGAAUGUACCAAAAGGAUUUGCUCUCUGGCUACGUGGCUUAGCACCUUUAAGGGAAGGUGGGAACAUUCCAUUCUCUGCCACAGUCCUGAAUACGCCCAAGGUGAGGAGAUACUCGAUGCCGUUUAUGGAUUCCAGCUUUGCCAGAAUUUUUCAGCGCCGGUUGUACAGACCAUUAGUACAACCACAGACGCUACUAUAGCUGCAGAAAUCACAAGCUCCUUGUUUGGAAUUAUGCAGCCAACCCCCACGCAGGACUAUGCAGAGGAUUUUGGGAGCUUUACCACAGUCACUACGACAACAACCACAACACAAGCACCACGCACUGCUCAAGCAACUACUGCUACAUGGGAAGAGGCAGCUGUAACGGAUGACUUCUCGGCAAUGGACAACACUGUUAUGACUCAUAGGGUUAUCAUUGGAACUAUGGCCCUUCUUUUUUCAUUCUUUUUCAUCAUUUUUGUUGUGUAUAUCUCAAGGAAGUGCUGCCCUCCCACCCUGCGCCGGAUACGUCACUGUUCAGCUAUUCAGAACCGCAGACAGAUGAGGACCCAGCAGAGGCAGCCUAUGGCAGAUCUAGCCACACAGGUACCCUAUAAUGAGUAUGAGCCCAGCCAUGAAGAAGGGGCACUUGUGAUCAUCAAUGGCUAUGGGCAGUGCAAGUGUCAGCAGCUGCCUUACAAAGAGUGUGAAGUAUGAACUCUUAUUUAUUACUAGAGCAUAUGGUUUGCCGUUUGACCAUUUCAGAUGAUACAGGGUUUGCUUUUUUGAUUUUUUUCCAGUUUAUGUAUAAAGCAUAAUUUCUACAAGUGAGAUCUGAGAAAAUGUGAGAUAUGUUGAAUGCUACAAUGACAGAGGUUGGACAUGACAGUUAAAGGAUGAUGUAGAGAUAGUCACAAAUUUAUUUUUCUAUGAAUGCAAAGUUGUUAAUAUCAGGCAGGGGCAAUCAUUUUAAACAAAAAAAUUGUAAACUGUGAGAAUUGUCUCAACAUUGUCUCUAUAUUCUUCAGCACAGACAAAACACUUAGCCAAAUGGCCCUCUGCUACCGGAAUACAUUCAGUAAAGACAUUUGAUUUAUGUCUUAUUUCUUUAAACAAGUAAAUAUUUAAAAUGUGUUUUGAACUGCACCACAAGCAGUGUAAGCCAAUCACUAAAUCACAGAGGAAAUCAAUUUGAUCAAUUAUCAGGAUGUUUUUGUUCAAUAGUUUCAUGUCUGGGAGAACUAAGAUACAUUUUAGGCCACUCAGUCUAAUUCUAAAUUACAACUGAAAAACUACUACUGUUGUUAUGAGAGAAAAUAAAUACUGAAAGAACCCUGAAAUUCUAUUAUUGAUUACAAAUCAGAUAUGAGUCAAUUAGGUAAGUCUAUUAUAUUCCAUCAGAUCAAAAGUUUUCUGAGUGUUUACAGUUUACAGGAUCUAUAUGGGUGGCUAACACCCAAAAAUGCCUACCAUAGGCAAAUGGAUUCGUUUUUUGUGUUUGGAAAUUUGGAUUUCUUCCUGCCCACAAGGGCCAUCUGCCACAAUUUAAUUCUGAGGGACACACUAAGCAAUCUUUAUCUGUGGUUAAUCUCUAAUAUACUACCCUGCUUAGCCAACACAUAGAUGUCUUCUUCACUUUCGGCAUCAAGAACAAAAUUAUUGGACCUUUAAGUGUACAAUGACCUAAACAUGGAUUUUCUAGCUCCCAAAUGCCAUAAACACUGUGACCAUUUCAUUUCCAACACCUAAUCCUAGUAAGUACAGUUUGUUGAUUUGAUAUUGUCUACCAGGAUCAAUAUACAGAAACUUAGCGUGGGGUGUGAGGGUACCAAGUGAAGUGAAAUGAAUAGCGUAAAUGCCCGGCAGGAGAACAUUUCAUUCUGAAAAUAAAACCUUUCCCCAGUAGCCCAGGCUUUUAACUGCUUACACACUAAUCAGGACUGACAGGCUCAAGAUUGAACCAAUUAAGGCAAGGCAAAAAGAAUGUAAUAUUCUGUCACCCAUGCCAGUGAUCCAGCAACAUUUAGCUUGUUCAGCCACUCAAAUUGUUUCUAGCAGAAUCAUCCUCCCAACCACAAAAAAACCUUCACUGAGCCUUUUAUUUUAAGUCACUGCUGUUGUGAGGGUUACAGAGUUGCCAUUCAAAGUCUUAAAACUGGGGGCACGGUGGGAAAAAAAUAUUGCGACAGUUCCUUGGUUGCAGUCACAACAAGUGUCAAGUUAAAACUGUUGUCAAUAGCCUAAAAGCAAAUGGAGAUCCAGUGAUAAGCAAACCGCCAGCCUGGGUCAGGACACAUUUGUAUGCAGCAGGGAGAGGAUGUGCAUUAGCAUCAGACUAAAGCUGCUGCCGCAGCUCCGCACUUCUUUGUGUUCAGUUUGGUGGUGGGGGCAGGGUAAGAGAGGGAUUGAGAGGAAUUGAUUGGACGAUGGAGAGGGGCAACUAUGGGGUAAUAUCUAUAUUAAAACUAAAUCUCUUUCCAAAAGGUAGAAGAGAACUGAAUAAUAAAUACUGACAACUCCUUGGGCUUGAAAUGCACAUUGACCACACAGCAGCAACAAUCUAACCUCAAACUGAAGAGCUAUACAAUGCAGAGACUUACCCAAGUUAAACUUCAGACAUUGGAAUAAGAGUGUGAUUUGCUCAAAUGUUAACAAAAGGAACAGGAAAAUGGGAUUUUUUUUUUCUAGUUCAGCUUUUGGCCAUGUUUAAUGAAGUCAGCGAUUAAGUCGGAAAGAUGCAUCUGCGAGCAUUGCGCCUCAAAGCGAGAUAUCAAGUUACAGCAAUUAGGACGAGGUUCUUUGGCUGGUGCCCCCUAGAAGUAGCUGGAAGGUACCAUUUUAAACUCUGUCUCUAUAUUGAACCCGUCAGAAAUUGUGUUCAAUUUUCAACAUGAAUGCUUGAGUCAAUGUCUCCCGCCACAUGCUCACAGGAUGCCUACAACAAAUGCAUUUAAGAAAGUGUUUGUGUAAACCAACAGCUGUUACACUUCACUUUUGAAUUUGAUGAAAACAUACAUACACUCAUCAUACUGAUUUUGGAAAGCCAAGCAUCUCUACUUUGUUCCCGAUUUUUGUGUACUUCCAGCUACGCACUGCUUUAACUAUUGCCCUUCUAAUCUGUCUUGCAUGUUCAAAAGUCAAAACUGAGUUGAAUACUUCUUAAUGUCAUUCAGCACACAUUUUGGAGGGAUCUCAUUUUUGAUACCACAAAUGGGGAUGUAUGUGGAAUUCCUAUAAAUUUCUGUCGACCAUUUGACAUUUCACUGUUGGAGACUAAAGGUUGUACUAAGUGACUGAAAAUCCACAAAAUUUGUAGAAAUAUGCAUCCCUUUGCACUCUGGCUCUUUGUAAACUGUUUUUGUUUCCUCUUGUCAUCCUCUAGCCCUGGUCCCCACCUUGACAAAAGAAAUAAAAAAAAGAAAAACAAGUGAUCCACUCCCCUGUCUCUUACCCAACCUCUUUGUGCAAACUGAAUGCUUUUCUCUUCCCAUUUUCCUUUUGUAUUGUAAUAUGUACAAUUUCAUAUCUGUAUAGUGGAUAAGAUGUGCCAAACUGAAAAAAAACAAAAACAUUUUCCCUUCAAAACAUAUAUUUUUUAAAUAAAAUGGUUAUAAUAUACAGUGUUUGCUAACUGAUGGAUGCUCACAACUGGAUUUGUUCUUUCAUUACAUCAUGGUUAAAACAAACCAAACAUUUGAUAAUGCUGAUACACAUCAGUGACAAUUAUUUUGAAGUCUUAUAGUUUGUGUCAGUUAUAAUUCAACUCUUAAGAUGUCAAACAAUCUUUUGCAAGUCAAAUUUAAAGCACUAACAUUACACUGCCCAAAAAGCCCUGCUUUAAAACAGAGUGGUGAUAAGUGUUUUUACAGAUCUAAAUGUGGGUAUUUACUUGGUCAUUGACUGUUUUGUGUGCUGUUUUGCAGACAGGGGCCUCAAAAGCUUUAAAGGAAGGCUGCAAUCAUUGUUUACUUUCAAUUAUAAACUACUUUGUAAAAUUGUGUUUUAAUUAAUUGGCAAGUCAUUCAUUUUAUAAAGUGUCAGAAAACAAUUAAAAACUUCAUCUUCAUGUCCAAGAACACAAAUGGAUGUUUGCAAAGCACUAGUUUUGUUCAAAAAGCAGUCCAUCUCUGGAAAGUAUUGUAUUUGUAACAUUAUAAAAGAAAAAGGGAAUAAAUGCUUUGAAAUUA